AAAAGCAUAUGUUUAUUAAACACUAUCAUUAGCACUCUAGACUAGUUGCUCCUUAAUGCAAAGUUAAAAAUACCAACCAAUUCAUUCUUCACAAACAAGCCUUCCAACAUUCUUCUUGUUAUUUUUUUCGCAAAAAAAAGAAUGUUAUACAGGGCUAGGAGUAUUACUAGUAGGUUCUCUGAUAAAAUGAGUACAAGUGUGCCAGUUGAGGUAGGCACAAGGGGAACUAUAGGAUCACUUUUGAAGAAAGAGAUUGAGUAUUUCAAAAAAGUUGAGUUGGAUUGUAGUAAAGGGAGUUGUAAUAAUAAAUCUCAGAAGAAUUCAGUGGAAAUAGAUUCAGGUGGUGGCAAUUCUUGGCCUAGUUUCGGGUUCUUGACGAUGAAAUGGAAAAAGAAGAAGAGAAGAGGGACUGGUGGUGGAUUACCUGCAAUGUGUUCUAUGGUUGAAGUUUCUGAGAGUUGUAAGAUGAAUGAUAUUCCAGGGUUCAGUUAUAGAAAUCUCAAGGUUGAUUCUAAGAGAUUUGAGGAAGAAAUAACACUCUCAUAGGAGCUUUUUUGCAAUUUUGUGUGUCAAGUCUGAAUUCUGUUCCUAUUCUUUAGCCAAAUAUCUUGUGCUUUAUGUCAAGUCUGAA